CAUCACUUCCCCUCUUCUCCUCCUGCCUGUGGGCUGGGAGGGCCCCCAGAGCCUUUGAGGAGAUGCUGCUGUGAAAAUCAUCGUCCCAAAGGGAGCUCCAGGAGCUGCUGCUGCCACAGGGCACAGGUGUGUUUUCCAGAGCCCCUGUGGCAGGCUCCAGCCCUGGGAUGCAGCCUGUGGCCCUGCAGAGCCUGUCUGAGCUGGAGAGGGCCAGUCUGCAGGAGCUGGCACUGUUCCGGCUGCAGGAGAGGCUGCCCGGGGGACACCUCAGCCUGGACAGAGAAGGCUCCAAAGGCAUCAAAUCCAUCCGGCAGAAGCUGGAGAGCUUCUCCAAGGAGAGGAAAGACUGCUCUCCCCACACUUUUGGGGUCCCGCUCCCCCAGGUCAUCGCCAAUGACCGCGCCUGCCGCCAGCUGCAGGAGGCCGUGGGCAGGAGCCGCCGCCUCUGCCUCGAGGUGGAGGCCACUGUGACCACGUUUCGGGCUCAGAGGCAGAAGAGGUUGGCGAUGGGCACCAGCUGUAUCCGGGCGCCCGACGGGGGCUGCCCCGAGGAGCCGCCUUCCCCAGCUCUGCUGGACAGGAGCUGCUGGAGCCAGCGCAGGGGGGCCAUGUCCGUGGAUUCCAUCACAGACCUGGGUGACAACACGUCCAAGCUGCUGGAGGCUCUGCAGCUCUCCCACCCCCACGAGCUGGAGCCUCGCAGGAACCAGGGCAAGAGGAGAGCACUGAGCCUGAACCCCAUCGGCUGCCAGGUGCCACGGGUCGUGGACAGGUGCUGCGCACACCUUGAGAGGCACGGGCUUCACACCGUCGGCAUUUUCCGUGUCGGGAGCUCCAAGAAAAGAGUCCAGCAGCUGAGGGAAGAGUUCGAUCGAGGGCUGGAUGUUUUCUUGGAUGAGCAUCAAAGCGUUCAUGAUGUGGCUGCCCUGCUCAAGGAGUUUCUCCGGGAUAUGCCCGAUUCCCUGAUUCCCAGAGAGCUCUAUGGAGCCUUCCUCAGCACAGCCAGCAUGGAGGGGCCAGCACAGCUGGACACGCUGCAGCUGCUGCUGUUCCUGCUGCCCCCCUGCCACAGUGACACCCUGCUCCGGCUCCUGCGCUUCCUGGCCGAGGUGGCCCGGCAUGCUGAGAGCUCCUGGGACCCUCAGGGCAACCAGAUCCCUGGCAAUAAAAUGACAGUGUCAAACCUGGCUACAGUCUUUGGUCCCAACAUCCUGCAGAAGGAGAAGCCUGGAGAAAAAGAUGCUGGUGCCCUGAACUUUGAGGACAGUGCUGCCAUAAUCCUGGUGCUGCAGAGGCUGAUCGAGCACCACCACUCCCUGUUCAUGGUGUCCCCAGAAAUGCAGUGUGAUGUGCUGAGGAGGCUGUUCCAGACAGACCCCGAUGUCAUCGAGUACCUGCUGCGCAGGAAAUUCCCUGAUGUGCUGAGUCCGGAUCGUGAGGAUCCCAGGGAGGACCAGGCUCCAUCUGCCCUGCCUGGCUGGACACGCAGCCUGGAGCGAGGCUCGGUCUCCUCAGAGCUGUUCAGCAACAUUUCCUUCCUAAACCUGGACGUUGGCAGCUAGAGAGCCCUGGCCAGGCCCUCUGGACAAAACCAGGCAGCUUUUCCCAGCAAAACCCAGCCGCUGGCUCACCUUGGGGGCAGAGCUGUACUCAGGGGUCACCUGCCAGGCUGGCACCUCCCUGCACAUCUCAGCACAGCCCUCCCCUGCCUCCUCCUUCUCACAGCACCUUGGGGAGUGGUUUUCCAUCCCUGGAGCAUCCCUCCUGGGAGAACAGGCUGAGGGAGCUGGGAUUGCUCAGCCUGGAGCAGAGACAGCUCAGGGGGACCUUCUCCAUGUAUCCAAAUGCUUUUGUAAGGGCCUGCAGGGACAGGACAAGGGGUGCAGCUUCCCACUGCCAGAGUGCACAGCCAGACACAGAAAUGGAGAGAAAUUCUCCUCUGUGAGGGCAGUGAGGCCCUGGCACAGACAGGGACACCUUCCACUGCACGAGGCUGCUCCAAACCCCAUCCAUCCUGGCCCUUUGGCUUUGAACCUUUCCAGGGAUGGGGCAGCCACAGCAGAGCACCUCUGGGGAUAAACCAGGACUUGUGCAAACAAUCUUCCAUAUUCCAGCACAGCUACACCCAGCACUGCUCUGAAGGCACCAGAUCCUCUCAGGUGCCCUGCAGGGCUGGGCUCUUAUUUUGGAGAGGUCUCUUCCCUGUGGAUGUCCAGUGGGGAUGGGUGGGGAAGCAUUUCCCGGAGGAGCCUGUGCUGUGCGAUAGCUGGUGAGACCCCCUGGGAGCUGAUAAGGUCCAGAGGGCAGCAGAGCUGUUGAGUCUGGAGGAGCAGAUAAAUUUGGGACACCAUGAGGCUGUGGAAGGUUCCAGAGGCCACCGGAACACUCGAGUGUUCAGCUGUGAAACCAACACUGCGUCCAGCUGUGGCUCUGGGUGGGAUUGUACCUGCUGCAAGAGCAGCCCUCAGAAUUCCAGAUUCCUUCCCAGGGUGGUGGAACACUAGCACAGAGUGCCCAGAGCAGCUGUGGAUCCCUGGAAGUGUCCAAGGCCAGGGUGGAUGGGGCUCGGAGCAGCCUGGGACAAUGGAAGAUGUCCCUGCUAUGUCAGGGGUGGAAUGGGAUGGACUUCAAGCUCCCUUCCCACCCAAACCCAUCUGUGAUUCCACGAUUCUAGGACGUGACAGGGAUGCUGACACUGGAGGCAGCUCUUUGUAGGAAAUUCCUGUUGGAUUUCACUUUCCCAGCACCAAAAACAGGGCAAAGGGGCACGGGGAGCUCACUGGGAAGCUCCAGCUUUCUCUGGCUGCUCCUGAACCACAAAGGGUGUUCAUCCCUGGCAGUGUUGAUGGGAUAUUGCUGGAAACUCCACUUGAGGGCAGCCCAGGCUGCUCAGAGACUGCCUGCCACCGGAGCAGCCCUGGAGCUGCUGGAGCACACGGGGUUGCCCUGGAGCUGUUCCAUCCCAGCAUCACGAAAUAAAUCCCCUCUCCAGGGAGCUGCAAAGCUCACCCAUGGAGCCUUGGAGUUGUCCUGGACCCACUCUGGGGGGGAUGCCUGGCUCUUAUCCUGCUCCAGGUUCUGCUCUUCUGCUCUCGUGGGCUCUUUGUCCCUGCCAGCCUCGGGGUUGACCUCAGGAACAAUCGGGAAGGUUCUGUCAGGAUCAUUCCUGAUCCCCAGUGCUGCCACAGGAGGGGUUGAUGCUGCUUCGGGUGUCUGGUUUAGGGGGGCUGGCUGCUUUUGGGGCAGUGCUGAAUGUUUGGGGGAAUCUGCUUUUUGGGGGUGGUGGUGGCUCUCAGGAGCUGGUCACUAUUCUGGGGGUGGUCACUGUUUGGGGGGAUCACUGCUGUUUAGUUUUGGGUGGUUCGGGCUGGGUUUUAGGUCCAGCCCCACCAAAGCCCCCUUGGGCUCCUUAGGACUGGUGGGGUUUCAUAGCAGAGCCCAGCCUAGGGACAGCAGAGAUUACCUGCAGAUCCAUGGGUGGGUUUAGAGUCACCAGCAAAGAAAGCAGAGCCCCAGCUCCUCUUCUUUUAAACCCCCGUGUCUCUGACCAGCACCCAGGGCAGGCCCGGACACAGAGCUCUGGGAAACCUGUGGGAGAGAACUGUGGGACUGCUGAGGUUGGAAAAGCCCCCCAGGCCCACCAGUCCAACCAUCCCAGCACUGCCAAGGCCACCCCAACCCACAUCCCCAAGUGCCACAUCCACAGGGGCUUUAAAAUCCCUCCACCCCUGCCCUGGGCAGCUGGGUCAGGGCUGGACAGUCCUGUCCAGGAAGGAAUUUUUCCUAAUAUCCAGCCUGACCCCAGUGUCCAGCCUCACCCCAAUGUCCAGCCUGACCCUCCCUGGCACUCGAGGCCACCUGUCCCUCGUUCCCCAGGAGUGAUUCCGACCCCCUGUCCCACCUCCUGGGGGAUUUGCUGGGAGUGGGAC